AUUUGUUUCAAUGUUUGUGUCUCGAUGCCCAUCGCGCUGACCAUCGAUGAGACAAUACUGUGCGUCAAUUCAGGCAUUCCCGACAGUCAGACCAAAGUGAUGGACCAACUGAAGCAAAUCAGAGGCCCGCUCAAGACUCCAUGGAAAGAGGCGCCACUCGUUUGGCAGAUGUUAACAAACAGACCGAUGAAAGGAUUGAAAAAGUUUGAAAAGUUAGAAAACAUGGCGGGAAUGGGUUUCGGCGAAGAGGCCACCAAAUCAUUCCUCAACUUCAAUGGUCUCAAGAGAAUCAUUUGCGGUAAUAAUAUAACAAACACAGGAAUCGCUUGUUAUUUCGGCGGUCGUGUCCUUACAAUCCACACGAGCUCGAGGUCUAAAGAAGAUAACAAAUCGGUGGCUCUUCUUAUCGCCGAUCGUAUGAUAAGAAUCAUACGUUUGAACACCACUUCCGACAGAAACACAUCCAAGAAAUAG